GUCAGGAAGAAUGUAUAUCAUGACGCGGAUAACCUAGACACUGCCUUUGACGCAGGAGGCAGUGUAUCUAUUGGAUUGACUGCAACAACCAUAGUUUCCCAAUGGACGUGGUCUGCCACUCUACUUCAGUCAACAACUGUAGCUAGCAAGUUUGGCAUAUCUGGCCCUUAUUGGUAUGCAGGUGGUGCCACUAUUCAAAUAAUCAUCUUCUCUAUACUCUCCAUUAUGUUGAAAACCCGCGCUCCAGGAGCUAAAACCUUUUUACAGGUGAUAAAAGCACGGUUUGGUAAAGUGACUCAUCUUAUUUUUUGCACUUAUGCUUUCUUUACAAACCUGGUAGUUAUGAUGUCUCUUACUGUGGCUGGUACAGCAGUACUUAAUAGUCUUGUAUCCGACCUGUCACCUGAAGCUGCCUCUAUGCUACUAGCUGUUGUUAUUGGUGGCUAUACCUUAAUUGGUGGUCUGGGGGCAACAUUCUACGUUUCCUACUUCAACACUAUGCUCAUCUUUAUACUUAUUCUAAUCCUUGUUGUAGAGGUUUUUCACAAUCCUUUUAACAAUCCUGAAAAUCCUUUUGGUUCCGCUGAAGCUGUUUAUGAUUUUAUUGCUUGCUGGAAAUCCCAGGAUGAAGGGAACAGGGGAGGAUCUUACCUCACCUUCUAUAGUUCAGGUGGACUCAUAUUUGGAGUCAUCAAUAUAGUUGGUAACUUUGGGUCUGUAUUCUGUGACCAGGCAUAUUGGCAAUCUUCAGUUGCUGCUAAACCUCUUCAGGGAGUCUGGGGAUUUAUUUUUGGUGGGUUAGCAUGGUUUGCAAUACCCUUUACUUUGGCGACUACUAUGGGUCUUGCCUAUCUUGGGCUUUCAUCUGCUCAAGGGGCACCACUUCUUUCAGAUGAUGAUAUUUCAAAAGGUUUAGCAGCUCCUUUAGUGGCACAAAAACUACUUGGUACAACAGGGGAGUAUGCUAUGUUACUUUUAAUCCUGAUGGCUGUGAUGUCAACUGGCUCUGCUGAAGUGAUUGCAGUUGCCUCCAUAAUUAUAUAUGACGUUUAUCAAACCUAUGUUUUCCCCUUCAAUAAGGACCUCAAGGAUGGUCAAUGUAUCUUAUGUUCUAAAUACCUGCGUGGUAAAGGAAAGAUUUCUGAAGAUUUGUGUACCUGUACAAGUGCAAACAAUUGCGAAGAAUGCAAGGUUGACAUAAUAAAACGAUUGAAGAACAAGAAAGCAAUGAAACCUCAUCUUACCUGUUCAAUUCAUGGUGAAUACAAAGAGUAUCAAGAAUCACUUCUAAACUACAAAAACUGGUGUAUAGUAAUCACAACAUUCUUUACUAUUCCUUUAUGUUUAUUCUGCUGGGCCUUAAAUCUGAACUUAGCUUGGACUUACUACUUCACAGGAAUUUUGAUAUCCUGCUCUGUGGUUCCUAUUGGACUCUCUAUUAUCUGGGCUCGUGCUACCGCCACAGGAAUGAUUGCUGGUGUACUGGGGGGAUGUGUAAUGGGUAUUAUAUCUUGGCUUUCUUAUGCCAGCACUCUUCCGGGAGGACUUUCUUCAGAAUACUUUGUAAAGAACAGCGGAGCGGAGAUUCCCAUGCUUAUAGGGAACUUGGUUUCAAUAAUUGUUGGUGCUGUGGCAAGUAUUUUGGUCAGUUUUUGCACCAGAUGGAGGAUGAGUAAAGAAGAUGAAGACGCGGAAUGGAAUAAAACAAGGGACAUAGAUAAUCCUCUUUCACCCUGGGUUCAGGUAUACAAGGAGGAACUUAAUUUGGAAGAAGGAGGAAACUUUCAUGCCCGUCCUACCCUUGAAGUUGUGAUAAGAAAGUUUAGGCCUGCCAAACUUACUGCUAUUGGAGCUGCCAUUGUGUUCUCGGUUCUAUUUGUUGUGAUCUGGCCUGGAAGUAUGCUGAGUAUUGAUGUCCUUGAUCUCCAUGGAUUCCAAGUAUGGACUCACAUAAGUAGAAUCUGGGCUUAUGCUGCAGCAGCUUUUAUCAUCAUAAUUCCAUUCUAUCAAGAGGUACGAGCCAUCAUUCAACAAGUAAAGAGCAAUAGAGAAAACCCACCUAAUCCUACACUGUGUUUGGAUCCCCCUAGAAAUGAAGCUUCUCAUGACGACUCAUUCAUCAGAAUGUCUUUUGAUAGAAAUAAUGAUCCCUCUGAAAGUCUUAAAAACAGGAGCAAAGGGCAAAUAAAUGACGGGUACCAAAAAACCAUACAGGACAGUGCAUUAUAGAAUAUAUAAAGUACUUGAUUUAUUUGAUUAGUUCAGUUCCCAAUUAAAUCUAGGUACGAAGUGUAUAUAUAGUUUUUUUUUUAACAUUAUCUAAAUGGAAUCAUGUUAUCUCGAAACAGUACAAAUAAACUUUUUACAUAUUUUACACCUUUGUAAACAACAUUAAAAAUAAAUUUCUCGAUGAUUUCAAAUAUGAUUUUGAAUAAAGAACUGAACACUCUC